UACACGCGCCUUUUUUCUUCAACAUAUAUACAUAUAACCCAUCAAUCAUUGUUGACUUUCAGUUUUAUCUGUGUUAUGCAUUCAAAGCCAGCUCCGUACGAAAAUUGAGACAUUUUUUUUCAACUUUGAAUGUCAGCAGCUCUACUUAUGAUGAGGAUCUAAAUAUUGAUUAUGAGCCAUUAAGUUUUUGGAUGAGAAUUAGAUGAGUACUCAAUCGUUAAUUGUUGGAAAUUGUGGUGGAAGAACUGGAGCCAACCAUCAUAGCUUUGCACAGACCCAUUUGUAUUCUGGAAAGGGUAUAUUUGUUUGUGAUUUUCUUAGUAAUAGUUCCAUAAGAGAAGGAAAUGGAAUUUGGCCAAAAGAUAUGAGAGGUUAUAAGAUUAGAAAAAGGAAAAGUUUGUGUGUUAAUGCCAAAGUUAAAAAGGGGAAGAAGCAUGAUUAUCCCUGGCCGGAUGACAUUGAUCCAAAUAUCAGCACAGGGCAUUUGAAUUACCUUUCUCACUUCAAGCCUCUGACUGAAAAGCCAAAACCAGUUACUCUAGCUUUUGAGAAGCCACUUGUUGAUCUUGAGCAAAAAAUCAUUGAGGUAAGAAGAAUGGCUGAUGAUACUGGUCUAGACUUCAGUGAUCAAAUUGUUGCUUUAGAGCAGAAAUAUCACCAGGCUCUGAAAGAUUUGUAUGCACAUUUGACACCGAUUCAACGUCUAACUAUUGCUCGACAUCCUAACAGGCCAACUGUUCUUGAUCAUAUAUUAAAUAUCACAGAGAAGUGGGUGGAGCUCCAUGGAGAUCGUGCAGGCUAUGACGAUCCAGCUAUUGUGACUGGUAUCAGAAGCAUUGAUGGCAAAAGCUACAUGUUUAUAGGCCAUCAGAAAGGUAGAAACACAAAGGAGAACAUUGCUCGCAACUUUGCUAUGCCGACUCCUCAUGGAUAUCGAAAGGCUUUACGAAUGAUGAAAUAUGCUGAUCAUCAUGGUCUUCCAAUUGUUACAUUUGUUGACACUCCUGGGGCUUUUGCUGAUCUCAAAUCCGAGGAACUUGGUCAAGGUGAAGCAAUAGCCCAUAAUUUGAGAACUAUGUUCGGCUUGAAAGUGCCCAUUGUAACAGUUGUUACCGGUGAAGGUGGUUCUGGAGGAGCUCUUGCUAUUGCUUGCUCUAAUAAACUAUUAAUGCUAGAGAACUCAGCUUUCUAUGUUGCGAGCCCUGAAGCAUGUGCUGCAAUAUUGUGGAAAUCUUCUCAAGCAGCUCCUAAGGCAGCUGAAAAGUUGAGGAUAACAGCUCUAGAGCAUUAUAGGCUCAAAAUCGCUGAUGGUAUCAUUCCUGAGCCUCUGGGUGGUGCACAUGCUGAUCCUGCAUGGACUUCCCAACAGAUUAAGUUUGCAAUCAACCAAGCAAUGGAGGAAUUGACAAAGAUGGACCAUGAUGAAUUGCUCCGCCACCGAAUGCUCAAAUUCAGGUCGAUUGGCGGCUUCCAAGAAGGCAAACCUGUGGACCCUAAGAGAAAGCGAAAUAUGAAGCCAUCUGAGGCAAACAUGCCAAAGGCUGCUGAUAUAGAGUCAGACAUUGAGAAUCUAAAGAAGAAGAUUGUUGAAGCAAAGGGAUCAUCUGAUCUAGUUAUUAUCCAAUCAAUUGAAAAGUUGAAGGAAGAUGUAGACAAUGAGAUAACUAAUGCAUUCAUUUCAAUGGGAUUACAAGAGAAGCUUGAAUCACUCACGUUGGAAUUAUCUAAAGCUCUAAUAGGCCCACCAAACCAGCCCCUUAAUCGUAGUUUAAAGGAGAAAGUUGAUAAAAUUAUGGAAGAAUUUACACGUAAUUUGUCAAGACCAGGUGUAUAUCUUGGUUUGAAGCAGAAGCUUGAAAAACUAAACAUGGUUAGCAGGCUGAUUGAGCUGAAGGAGAAAGGUGAGAAACUGAAAGCAGAAAUUAACCAGAAAAUUCCUGAUGAGGUUAAAGCAAAGAUGGGCCAUUUGAAGAAAGCUCAGGAAAACUUGUCAAAGGGUGAAGCAUUGGAUAAGGAUUUGAUGGAGGAAGAAGUUGAAAGAGCUAAGGAAGAGUUGAUGAAGGUUAUAAAGUCAGCUAACUUGGAGAUUGUUGGGGUGACCAAGAGAAGAAUUGCCACACCUCCUCCAGACUUGAAAGAGAAGAUGGCAAAUUUGAACAAAGAUAUUUAUCAGGAAAUUGAUAAGGUUAUAAAUCAAGAUGGUCUUAGCACGAAAAUAGAAGAGUUGAAGAGCAGCAUAGAAAGUGGCUCGAGUCCAAAAGACAUACAAAAACUGGAAGCAGAGGUAAAAAAAGAGAUUCUUGCUACUUUGGAUAGCAAGAAACUGAAGGAAAAGGUUGAGAAUCUAAGAAUGGAAUUGACAUCAGCUGAGGAAACUGUUAGAGAGGGUAAGCCCGGUGCCGAAAAUGGAAGAUAUUAGAAUAAUGUGAGAUAAAGAGGGUGGCAACCAAUAAAUAUAACUUCAUAUAUUUAUGUAUAUGAAUAGAAAUCUAUAUCAAAUUGAUGUUUAGCUGUUUGAAUCUCACUUUUCGAGUUGUGAGAUGUUUGUAUGAGGAUGUCAUGUAUUUGAUAUAAAUAAUUUUAUUGUAU